AACCCAGAGCCUUGCAGAAAGUACCAUGUGCUCUCCUGCUGAGCUAUUCCCAAGCCUCAAGGAUGAUAAUGACAGUGAUAAGGAUGAUACCUAACUGAUCUUCGGAGAAUGAUCAUGUAUUUUUUCUUCCUGUAUUUGUUUUCCAAAUAAUCCAGAAUUGUGUUCUAAAGAUCACAAAUCAACAAAAUGUUUCUGUUACUAUGGCAAUGACGGCAGGGACUACAACAACCUUUCCUAUGAGCAACCAUACCCGAGAAAGAGUGACUGUAGCCAAGCUCACAUUGGAGAAUUUUUACAGCAACCUAAUUUUACAGCAUGAAGAGAGAGAAACCAGGCAGAAGAAAUUAGAAGUGGCCAUGGAAGAAGAAGGAUUAGCAGAUGAAGAGAAAAAGUUACGCCGAUCACAACAUGCUCGCAAAGAAACGGAGUUCUUACGACUCAAGAGGACUAGGCUUGGAUUGGAUGACUUUGAGUCUCUGAAAGUUAUAGGAAGAGGAGCUUUUGGAGAGGUGAGGCUGGUCCAGAAGAAAGACACAGGCCAUAUCUAUGCAAUGAAGAUACUGAGAAAGGCUGAUAUGCUUGAAAAAGAACAGGUGGCACAUAUUCGAGCAGAAAGAGAUAUUUUGGUAGAAGCAGAUGGUGCCUGGGUGGUGAAGAUGUUUUACAGUUUUCAGGAUAAGAGGAACCUUUAUCUAAUCAUGGAAUUUCUCCCCGGAGGUGACAUGAUGACCUUGUUAAUGAAGAAGGAUACCUUGACAGAAGAGGAAACGCAGUUCUACAUUUCAGAGACUGUUCUGGCCAUAGAUGCAAUACACCAGUUGGGUUUCAUCCACCGAGAUAUUAAGCCAGACAACCUGUUAUUGGAUGCCAAGGGACAUGUAAAAUUAUCUGAUUUUGGUUUAUGCACGGGAUUAAAGAAAGCUCACAGAACUGAAUUCUACAGAAACCUCACUCACAACCCACCAAGUGACUUCUCAUUUCAGAACAUGAACUCAAAGAGGAAAGCAGAAACCUGGAAGAAGAACAGGAGGCAGCUGGCAUAUUCCACAGUUGGGACGCCAGAUUACAUUGCUCCAGAAGUCUUCAUGCAGACUGGUUACAACAAACUAUGUGACUGGUGGUCCCUGGGAGUUAUUAUGUAUGAAAUGCUAAUAGGCUAUCCACCUUUUUGCUCUGAAACUCCUCAGGAAACAUACAGAAAAGUGAUGAACUGGAAAGAAACUCUAGUAUUUCCUCCAGAAGUACCUAUUUCUGAGAAAGCCAAGGACUUAAUUCUCAGAUUUUGUAUUGAUUCUGAAAAUAGGAUUGGGAAUAGUGGAGUAGAAGAAAUAAAAGGCCAUCCCUUUUUUGAAGGUGUAGACUGGGGGCACAUAAGGGAAAGGCCAGCAGCAAUCCCUAUAGAAAUCAAAAGCAUUGAUGAUACUUCAAAUUUCGAUGACUUCCCUGAGUCUGACAUCUUACAGCCAGUGCCAAAUGCUACAGAACCAGACUACAAAUCCAAAGACUGGGUUUUUCUCAAUUACACCUACAAGAGGUUUGAAGGGCUGACUCAGCGUGGCUCCAUCCCCACUUACACGAAGGCUGGGAAAUUGUGAGCGAGCUCCACAGCACCCACAACCAUGAGCACUCAGGUAGCUGCACGCCAGGCCUGCUCAGCGCAGAUCUCCAGACCUGAAGUCUCCUGAGGAUGGCGGUGCUCACUGGCGACAGAGGAAAUUCUGUAGAACUAGGGUUUCUAAGUACUACAGGAAUGGGUUGGCAGUGCCAGCUGGAUUUUUUUUUAAUUUAUUAUUUUUGUUAACUUUAUCAUAUGAAGGUACUGGAAUAAAAGGAAUGUACAUCCCCGUCUGACUACCCCACCUGCCUGCGUAGUGAGGUCCAUCCCACCUGUGUGUGCUCUUGCUUUGGACUGGGACUCGGGAGAGACACAGCCAUCUCAUGCAGCAUUGGCCAGCUGUAGGCAGCACUGCUGUUUCUCUGCAGAUCUUAUGGGUCUAGAUACAUCAGUAAAAGCCAUCUUCCACAGCUGGUGUUAGAACAUUUACCCUAUUGGUUUGGACACCUGUAGAACAUAUCUGAAGACAAUUUCUGUAAUGCUUUUAAGAAAUUAAAAAAGAAAUGCACUGGUUCUUUAAAGAUAGAAUUUAUCAUCAACUUACUAUACAAACUGCAUAAUAGGGAAUGAAAA